CCUCUGUCCUACUGUCCAGCACUGCUCUUGGCUUUAGACUAACAGUGUGCUCCAUCCUUGGUCACUGAUCAGAACGUCAUUCCAGAAACAAUGCUUACUAUAUCACUGAUAUGGGGAUUGGUGGUCGCACUAUGUUGUUUUUUCUGGCUUAUCGUUGGCAUCCGAAGACGGUAAGGAAAAACAUUAUUUUUCUACACUUUUAAAUAAUUUAAUUAUAUAGUGCAGUGACAAUUAUACAAACUACCCUGGGGUAAUUUUCACUAAGCAGAGAAUUGCAGUUAGUUAGCAGUUGAGUUGCAAUAUGUAGGAUAAAAUAGCCAAGAUGGAGAUCAAUCGAUUCAACAGACUUUAUUUCUUCAAUUCAGUUACUUUGACCUACAUCUUGCAAGUAUCUAGUCAACUCAUCAUAAUUCCCUGUUAGUGAUUAGAUAUUGUAAAUUGUGUUGGAAUGCAUUAUCCACUCGUUAUUUUUUUACAGUCUUAAUUAGAAAACAAAUAUUGUUACAGCAACCGGUUUCCUAGCACUUCACUUUGUUUAUCUAUCUAUAGAUAUGUAUAGAUCACAGACACAGUAGGCCCUGCAUCGAGGUGCAAUAUAUAUAUUUCAAAGAUUAAAGGUCACAAUUUCUCUUACUUCCUAAAAUAAUUUAAAGCAAAACUAUCCUGAUUGUUUACUUGCAAAAUUCGAUUGUUCUCCUAAUUCUGUCUAUACGUGUCUUUUUUCAAAUUAUUAUUGUAUUUCUCAAUAAAGAUUACUUUAUUAUGACCCUUAUUCCUAAAACAAAUUCAUGUAAUUUACACACAACAGUAACUUUUACACUGAAAAGAAAAAUGAAAGAAGUACAAAACAUAAAGUGUUUCUAUGCAACAAAUAAUUAAAACAUGAAAUAUACUUUGAAUUAUUUUCUGAACAAUGUAAUAUACUUAAUGUGGUAUUACCUCUUGAAGAUCAAGAUCUGUCAAUGCCAUUGUCGCAAUCUGGUAUUUAGAAUCUCUAUUCCAAAAUACUGUGUCGUACUUAUUUCAUGAUAGCACGGCUGAAUAGAGACUCAAAUGCUAAAUAGGUAGGCCAUCCCAUGCUGCCAUAUGGUGUCUAGGGAUCAUAUUAUGAUUUUGGUUUAAAUGUCUUUUGGGGAUUAAACUAAAUUCACCAAGUUUUAAACAUGAAAAAGGGUGGGAAUUCCUUCAAUAAAUCCAGUAGUAAAUAUGUGCCAAUAAUUGCCUCAUGUCAUAGCUAUCAAGUGUUUGAUUUCUUUUGUUGAUUUAACCUCCAUAGUAGCUUUCAUAGUCUUUAAUGGGCUAAAGGCCAAGUUUUAAACACAAAAAGGCCCGCUAAGCAUGUAAAAUUAAUUUGGAAUCAUGUUCAGGUUUAGCCAUAUAAGAUAAUGACUAUGGCUUUAAAUAAGAAAUAAGUUAUGUAUUUUGGCAGUUUAGUGGCUACAUAAUAUGCUAUGGUCUCUCUUUCUCUGUAGACAUCCUGGAGAGCCACCUCUGGAGAAUGGCCUAAUUCCAUAUCUAGGAUGUGCCUUGCAAUUUGGUGCUAAUCCUCUCGAAUUUCUCAGAUCGAGACAAAACAAAUAUGGGCAUAUUUUUACCUGCAAAAUUGCUGGAAAGUUUGUUCAUUUUGUCACAGACCCUUUCUCCUUCAACUCAGUGAUGCGUUCCGGAAAACAUUUCGAUUGGCAGAAAUUCCACUAUGCAACCUCAGCCAAGGUAUGAAAUGAAGGGUUGUUCUGAAUGUUAUCUAACAUUUAUUUUCAGAUGUUGUUAAAUGACAUUGUAAAACUUGGCUGGUUAUAUAUAACAUGAUUGGCUUUGAUAACCAUGUUUUAUCUUACUCCUAUUAUAUUAGAUAAUCCCCAAUAUUAUAUCGUUUAUGAGAAAUUUUGAAGUAUUUAGUGCUAACUCAUUGUAAGAUUUAUAAUAUAUUAGAUGACGCUUUGGCGCGUUACAUUAUGGAUCUUGCUCAUUACUUUUAAUGUACGAAUUUCUAAACAUGAACUAUAUUUCUUAUUCCUUCUGUCAUUCAGGCUUUUGGCCACAGCAGCAUAGAUCCCACAGAUGGCAAGACAACCGAAAAUGUUCAUGAAACCUUUAUGAGAACUCUUCAAGGUGAUGCACUAGACCCUCUCAUUGCAUCCAUGAUGGAAAAUCUUCAACACACCAUGUUACAACCCAACACAUUUAAAGUAACCAACAAAGACUGGGUAACCGAUGGCCUCUAUGCAUUCUGCUACCGUGUGAUGUUUGAGUCUGGUUACUUAACACUCUUUGGGAAUGAGUUCAAUUCAAAAGAAGAUCCAAAUAUUGCAAGACAGGAAGCACAGAGGGCACUUAUCCUCAAUGCAUUAGAAAAUUUUAAGGAGUUUGACAAAAUAUUCCCUGCGCUGGUAGCAGGUCUUCCAAUUCAUGUGUUCAAAACUGCCCACAGUGCUAGAGAGAACCUUGCCAAAGACUUGAUGCAUGAGAACUUGAGAAAGAGGAAUAAUAUUUCUGACCUUAUAACUCUCAGAAUGUUUUUAAAUGACACGCUCUCCACUUUAAGUGACAUGGACAAAGCAAAGACACACUUGGCUGUCCUCUGGGCUUCUCAAGCAAACACACUACCUGCCACAUUCUGGAGUGUAUUCCACCUUCUUAGGUAUAAAAUAAAGAAGAUUUUGGCUUUACAAGAAAUAUAUUUACUAAUUCUUAUAAUUUAAUGUUAUUGUUCAAAAUAAAAGUUAUAAUAAAUACCAAGUAUAAUUACUAUAUGAUGUGCUUUACCUAACUAAAUGUAUUUUAUUUUAAUAGGUGCCCAAGAGCAAUGAAAGCUGCUAGUGAAGAAGUUCAUCAAGUUUUAGAGAAGGCAUCUCAGAAAAUCGGCUUUGAUGGAAAAUACAUAUUCCUCAACCGUCAACAGCUUGAUGAAAUGCCUGUUCUAGGUACGUUUACUAUUGUUACAAUAUACACAGCCAAACAGAGUGAAUCUGAGAUGAGUAUAUUGCUAACAGGAAACCGUUGCCAAUAGGGGACUGAGUACUAACGGGUUCUUUUUAUGGGAUCUUCCAUUAUGCAUCAUGUGAUCUAAAAGUUUAUUUUGUGUUCUGGGUCACAAUAUACUUUUUCAGAUUCAGUUAACAUUGCAUGGUAUGUCGUUAAAAAUGGUAAUGUGAUGGAUGUAAAAAAAUAAGGGUUUGAAAAUUAUGGUAGAUUUAGUAGAAGUUGCAUGUGAAAUCGUUUGUAAAGAUAGAGUUAACCAUUUUAAUGGAUUUUAUUUACAUAGAUAGCAUAAUUAAAGAAUCGAUGAGGCUUUCCAGUGCAUCCCUUAAUAUCAGAGUUGCUAAGGAAAACUUUGCUCUACAACUUGACAACAACGAGUCUUACACCAUCCGAAAAGACGACAUUGUAGCACUUUACCCACAGACAAUACAUCUGGACCCCGAAGUUUAUGAAGACCCUUUGGUAAGUAAUUGUAAUUUUUGUUUCUCAUACAGUGGUAAUGCAGUUUCUUUAACCCCUUAUGGACACAUGACAUGUGUGACAUGUCAUGAUUCCCUUUUAUUCCAGAAGUUUGGUCCUUAAGGGGUUAAAGAACCUUCUUCAGAUCACAUAACCAUAAUUUGGAACAUAGAACAUUUGAUGUUCCUCAAAUUAUCCCCCUCUUAAGAAAAAGUAAGAGGACAGAUAACCCUAAAUAUAAGGGAUAGGCAAAAAUUAGAUGCGACUGCACAGUAAGGGGCCAUGGUUGCAACUAAAUGGGGAAAAAACUCUGUUCAGAGUGGGAGCAGCCCAGGAGUGUAACAUUCCCUGCUAAUGAAUAAAUGCAUUAUUUUGAAGGCUUGGUAUUUGGCCUCCAAACCUAAGCCUCAGGGUCAAACUCAGAAAGUCCCCAUCUAUCUUUAGUAUUAACUUAGAGAAUUAACAUUUACAUUGAAUUCCAAUCUAAUGUUUCAAUUUCUGUGUCUUUUUGCAGACUUUCAAAUAUGAUCGUUACCUGGAUGAAAAUCUAAAGCCAAAGACCAACUUUUACCUAAAAGGCCGAAAAUUAAAAUACUAUUAUUUGCCCUUUGGAUCAGGAAAAACCAAGUGCCCAGGGCGACAAUUUGCUGUUCAUGAGAUUAAACAGUUACUGACUCUGUUGAUUUCAUACUUCGAUAUAGAAAUCAUAGACAAAAAUACAAAAAUUCCACCUUUAGAUCAAUCCCGUGCAGGGCUGGGGAUAUUACAGCCAACACAUGAUGUAGAUUUCAGAUACAAGUUAAAAGCAUAGCCACCAUGGUUUGCAGAAAUUUAAAUAUACCAGGAUUAAAACUGUUCACUAACUCGUAUAGACUCAGGGGCUUUAAUAAGUAUGGAAAAUACAAAAAAGAGCAAAGCACACACCAGAAUAAGCAGAUAAUAGAAUGCUCUGUUCAAAUACCCCAAAAUAGACAAAAUAUAUAGUGAGAUCAAUGUGUUCCAUACAAAGCAAACAACAAAAUGAAACACGUAUCUGAGAUCCAAAUAUUAAUGCAAUGUAUAGUUUUCAUUGAUAUAUAAAUAAGAAGUUGAUUCCUGUAUUUAAGAACGAUGUACUGCAUCCAUCCAUUGAUGCCAUCUUGUUAGCCUGCAGUUCAGUUGACUCAGCAUUACAAAGCGAAUAACAUAUUAUUUUGAAAAUGUAUUAGAACACGAAUUAAGUUGUGGCAAGUUUAAAAACAACUCAUGUAUUAAGGACAAAAUAAUUGUCUAGAGAAAAAAAAAUCCAAUCCACUUGAGCUGAAGAAUUUUUUUUUUUUCAGUUUUCUCUAAAUUAAGUUAUUGCCAACUCGAUUCAAUUAAUUGUGUAGUAUGCAAGGCCUAAUUUGUUAAUAUUUGGAGUCAAUUCUCUCCAUGCGGGAUUUAAAAAAUCUACAAAAUAAAUAAAUAUGCUUUUAUGCGAUUUACAGCUUACAAAUAGCCAACUUAACUACAUUAGCCAUUCGUCUUUGAGAGAUAUCUGCAAUAGUGCACAUAAAAAACUUAGAAAAUUGACAACAAAGUAGUCGAAUUAGUUGCUCAACUAGAGCUGUAAGAUGCAGGAAUUAGAUGGUGCUAUAUCAAAUUAAACAAAGGAACAGGCUCGUAGAUGCAUUGCAUGUGUUCACAGAGUAAAGAAUUAUUUACAGUUCUAAUUUGCAAAUAUAUUUAUUGUGUAUAUUUUGAAUUUUAUAUAUACCUGUAAAGUGUGUAAUUAUCUAAAAAAAAUUCUGCCAAAAUAAGGUGACAAUAUACUACUCUAUGUGGCUGUUUAUAGUGUUUUAACUAUAAUUACCUUGUAAAUAUUAAUAUUUAAUUGCUUGCAUUACUAUAUUUUUAUAGAAAUGCUAUGUAUUUUGUGCACAGUUUUACAUCAACAUUUAUGUAAUGUUAGUAUUUGUACAAAUGCUACCACUAUUUACCUCAUAAUUGUCAUUACUUGAUCAAGGUUGCAACUGGAGUUUUUAAACAUAUCAUUGCAACAAGCAAUUAAUUAUUAUCUUUUAUGAAUAUGCAUAUAUAUAUAUACUGUACAAAAUCCAUGUCUAUUGUAAGCCAAUUUAUAGUAAUAUGUUAUAUUUUGUAAAUAAUCUUCAAGUUGCAUUAUAAUAUCACAAGAAAUGUUUACAAUUUACUUUCAAUGUGUACAUAUUGUGUUUUAUGUUUAGUUUCAGAAAU